ACCUAAAUACUUGAAUGUGAGCAUCUGGAUUUAUUCAUUCGUCAUAUUGGGAAGAAUGCACUCUCCAAGGGUAGAGAUGGGGGACAUACGUCAGUCCUUGUUGCCUCGUGAUGUGCUGAGUGCCGCCAAGGAGCUGCUGUACCACUUGGACAUCUACAUCAGUAACCUGGUGCAAUCGGGUAGGCAGCCUCCCCAAGUAGACACGAAGACCUUGGAGCUGGUUGAGGAAUUCAUUCUGCAUGCACCAAAGGACAGAAGCGCACUGACCAGGAGAAUGAGUGCACUUCAGGAGCUUCAGCUUCUGGAGAUAAUGUGCAGCUGUUUCCAGGAGCAGAGCCGUGAUACUGUUCGUCAGCUCAUGUUCUCCGCCCUCUUCAGCCUCCAAGGGAACCAGGCAGAUGACAGCCGCAUGGGACUGCUAGGCAAGCUGGUCUCCAUGGCAGUUGCUGUCGGCAGAGUUCCCAUCUUAGAAUGUGCCGCGUUCUGGCUGCAGAGGACCCAUCGCGCGUACUGCGUGCGCCUGGCACAGGUGCUGGUGGAUGACUACUGCAGUAUGAUGCCAGGUUCCGUGCCCACCCUACAGAAUAUCCACAGUGCCAGUCCACGCUUCUGCUGCCAGUUCAUCACUGCUGUUACCACCCUCUAUGACUUCACGUCAGAGGAGCUCGUUCCUCCUCUAGAGCUCCUCCAGAUGAUUGUGUCAUGGAUCCAAGAGGACCCCCGCAUCGUUCUGGUCACCUUCCUGAACACGCCCCUAUCUGGCAGCCAACCAGUCAGCUCACUUGAUCUUACACCUCUCGGUGGGCUGGUGCGCUGGUGCGUCAAAGCCCCGCUGGGAUACAGGAGGGACAAGAAGCAGGCGUCCGUACACUGCAGCUCAGAGAGUGAGCAGGAAGUGUCGGGCCUUUUCUCGGCACUCCAUCUGAGUGUCCUUCAGGUCUUUAUGCUC